GAAAUUCUUCAGUUUAUUUUAUAUUAUGGAUAUUACUUCAAGUAUUAUUAUUAGUUAAAGUAAAUUGUCAACCGACGCCCUUUAAGCCAAGAGUAUAUAGUUGUCAUACUGCUACAUUCAUUGACAAUAAAUUAUAUAUUUUGGGCGGAUUGGAUUUAAACAGUAAAAUGCUAAAUGAAUUUUUUUAUCUUGAUGUUUCUGUACCAUUUAAUACUCAAGAAUUAUCGUGGUAAGAUUUAUCAAAUAUUAACAUGGUUCCAGAACAUUUUCUUGCGACAUCAGUUAAAGGUGGUACAAAUAAUGAUACACUAUUUUUAUAUGGAGCUUUUCAAUCAGAAACAUUGGUUUAUACGUUUAAUUCUCGUAGUCUUGUAUGGAGUACUCCAACAAUAAGUGGGAAAGUGGACAUGCUCCCAAGUGUCCAAACAGACCCCUCAUCAAGAGAUGUUAUUUUUGAGCAAGAACUUAUUAACGUAAGGAGGGGGAAAAAAUACGGUUUAACAGGCGUUAUUGAUUAUAAUGGAAAAUUUUAUUUAUGGGGAGGAGCGACCAGCAAUAUUACUUUAAUAAAUGACAUGCUUGUUUUAGACACAAUAAAUCUUAAUUUGGAUGGAGGAAGUUUAAUAAAUAAAUUGCUUAUUUCAGAUACAAAUUAUACAGUAUGGAUGAGUUGGUGGUAUUGGGAUAUUGUGAGCUUUGAGAUUAUUACUAAAGGUACCACUUACAAUUUAAGUGAGGUUUAUAUAUAUGAUACGAUUAAUAACAGUUGGGAUACAAAGAUAACAUCAGGAAAUAUUCCUUCUGAUAGAGGCGCGUUUUCCACUAUUCUUGGUUUGGAUGGUCAAAGAAUCAUAAUUUUUGGAGGAUUUUAUGAUUAUCCCGGAUAUUUAGAUACUACACUUUAUGUAUUAGAUUUAAAUAAUUUUAAUUGGUAUAUUCCAAAAAUUUCUGGAGAAGGUUAUGAUAAAUUGAUUGAAAGUGAUAUAUUAUUGCUUGAUAUUAGCAAUAAUGAAGAAUAUAUAUGGACAACAAUGUUUGAUCCAAAAAUUCCAUCACAACCACCAUCACCAUCACCAUCACCAUCACAAUCACAAUCACCAUCACCUUCGCUAUCACUUUCGCCUUCACCUUCUUCUCCAUCAUCACCAAAUAAUUCAGGCAAUAUAGCUGGAGCAGUUGUGGGAUCUUUAUUAAGUGGUAUUUUAUUAUCAGUUGGUGGUUUUCUAAUAUACAAAUGGAAUAAAAAUAAACGAAAGCAGAAAACUAUUCAUAAAAAUGAAAAUGAUAAUGAUUACAGUCGAGAAGAAAAGGAACUUCCUAUCAUAAGAGGUAUUCAUAGUUAUAAACAAGAGAUCAAUAAUGAUGCGCAAGAAAUUAUUCAAAUACCUGGAAAUGAAAAUACGACCAACCAUGAACCAAUAAUAAUUUCACCUUCAAUAAUUAAUAAGAAUAGCUAUCAUAAGCAAGAAAUCGUUUUAUCGCCAGAAAAUGAAAAUACAACCAACCAUGAAUCAAUAAUAAUUCCAGUUGAUGAUCAUCAUGGGCAAGAAAUUAUGCGAACGCUUCAAAAUGAAAAUACAACUAGUAAUCACGAACCAGCAAUUUCGCCUUCAGCAGUAGUUAAUACUAAUAAUGAUAAUCAUGGGCAAGAAGUAAUUUCAUCACAACUUUUAAAAGAUGAAAUUAUUCAAGCUAUUAAACAAGAAAUUGGCCAAAAUUUGAAAAAUGAAAUUCUUCAAGCUGUUGAAAAGAAUUUUAAUAUUACAAAAAAUAAUGCAUAA